AUGAUCGGGGAGUCGGUCCGUCGUAUUAUCUGGUCUGUGAAUGGUCUUGUAUUUGAUGCGGAAAUAGUCAACUCUUAGGAUUUUUCUUCGCCCAGAGCUUGAAGGUGUCCUUUCUAAUGCUAUAAUUCUAGAAUUUACCCACUUUUGUGCCUUGAUAAAGAAAAUAUAAACAUGAGUCCAAUAGUGGACAAUCUUAUAGAUAUUGUCGGUCUUCGGCUGCCGGAAGCCGGGCAGGUUGCCGCACCCGACAACCAUCACUUACAAUAAGGCUCUACGUGAUAGUUGUAUUCUACAUUAACCACAUCCCAAGAUGUGAAGCAAUAUGCUCUAUAAUCUCGUCUACAGGUCAUACUACAGUAAGUCAUAAUGUCAGCGCCGCCAGCUUCAUCGCAUAUCCACAGCCGAAAGCGUCCGAUUAGCAACGACGCCGACAUUGCAUCGUUUCGCGCAUGCGACCAAUGUCGGAGCCGCAAGAUCAAAUGUGAUCGCCAGCAGCCCGAAUGUUCCAACUGUCGCAAGGCUGGAAUGGUGUGCGAUUUCUCAGACGCAAUGAAACGCGUCAAUCAUGCAAAGCGCCUACAUGAUGAAUUCUCCAGCGUAACAUCCCGGUUGGAUCGUGUUGAGGCAGCAUUGUCCAAGCUGCCUGAGCAAAUAGCUCGUUAUUUACCGUCCCAAGGGUACGGGCCUACAUCCCUGGCUCCGAUGAAGAACAGUCGCCCAGCACCUCAAAUCCACGGUGGAGAGCUAGGCUCUAUUCUAGCUAUCCAGGCAAUAGAUGAUAGCACCGCAUUGGAGACACCUAAAAAAUGGCAGCCUAAAUUCGAAAGGAUACAGAUCGCCCAGGGUGGAGAGCGCAUUUUCGGAUACCCUGCAGCAGUGACUCUUUUCAUAUCUACAAAAAGGCAGGUAGAAAAAGCAGUAACUGAGACUGGCAAAGACCAUUCCUCAAACGACGACUACUUAACGGCUCUCGCCCGUGAGAAGCACUAUGUUCAAACCGAGUUUCGCAAACUGUUGCAAACCUUUCCUUGCAAUGAUCCUUGCCAUGAGCCCCUCACGAAACCCGAUGACAGGGCGAUUAGCACGCCGCCGAGAAUAUUGCUUGAACCUGCUCUACCGUUCUUUCUAAAAAAUUUUAACGUACAUAUUCCGAUAUUCGACGAGGAAGAUCUCCGGAACAUGAUUGAUGAGCAUUACCAGCAGAAGAAUGAUAGUCGUUCCCGUGUUGCCAGGUCACUGAUCCUGAAUAAUAUAAUUUUACUUAGUCUCACUCUAGGAACCCAGACAAAUACAGAAACAGAUUCGCAUAUGGGAACAAUGGGCGAAGACUUGAUCCCGUCGUUCCGGAAAAACUGCGAUAGGGCAUUGGCCAAUCUAUUUGAAUUUAACGGGCCUCGUCAGCGUAACGUCCAGGCCCUGGUGACCCUUGCAUUGGUCGCACGCGUUUGCUAUGGGUGCUCUGUUUUUGAAAGGGUCUGUCAGAUGGCCUGCCAAGUAGCACGCUCUAUAGGUCUCAACCGUGGCCAACGGCCAUCAGCGGCAUCGUGGGAUCAAAUGUGCCACCAAGAGCGACUAUUUUGGGCGAUAUAUAUGCUUGACAAGCAAAGAGUCUUUCUGAAUGGCCAGCCCUGCGAUUUAUACCUAUUCGACUCUGACCUCCAACUUGCCCAUUGUAGCGAGAACGCUACGUAUCAUCAGCGCCUGAAUGCUGCACACGUACAUAUGAUGACCAUCUGGGAAGAAAUCUUCAUUGCGCUUUACUCCUGUCGUGGCGCACGGGCGAGUUAUUCUCAUCGUAAUCACCAAGCCGACAAGUUACGAAAUUGCAUCAACGAGUGGGGCAUUCAACAUCAUGACUUGCUUAGGGAAGGGGGCCCUACAACCGGAAGUCUCCUCGGCAGCGAUUCUUUACAGAUAGAAUUGAAAUAUGGCUAUCAUGUGACGCAAGUUCUUAUUAAUCGCUGUGACGUGCUGGAAGCCAACCAGGGGCGAACGAUCACCCAUGCACGCACCGCGCUUCAACUCUUAACGUCACUUAACAAUUUAGAAUCUUUAGAAACCGAUCAUCUAGUAGCUAUAUCUAGAAUGCAUCGCAAUUACCCCCCGGAGGAGGAUAUCAGGCUUCUUCAAGCUGUCGAACAAAGUUUUCUUCUGAUCCAUCAAUCACAGUUCCCAUGCUAUCAAGAACGGCUCUUCCAAGGACUCCGCUGGUGUAUUCGUACGUUGAAUAUCGUCUAUGAGGCUGUGAAUACCACCGACCGAAACCCUAUCCUCGGGCAACAUUCAUCAAACGAGAAUUCCACAGCAUCAGACAUGACUUUAACUGACGGUUGCUUAUAUGUGCCUUUUCGAGAGGCUGCCACUGUAGAUCACCAAUUAUCUUGGGGUGAUGAGAUGUUGCAAAACGGUUUGGGGAAUGCAACGAUACCUGACGUGUCAUUCGAAACUGGAUUUCUCGACUUUGAUUUCUAUCAACGCCUCUUUCAGCAAGAAUCCUGGGAUCUGUCUACAUCGCUCGACCCGUCUGCAAAUAGAUAGUUUCGUUUUUGACACAGCACUUAUUUGUUUGUAUUUAGCGUAUUAUACGGCAAUGGAAUAGUAAUGCUAGAAGAGGAGUCUUUGUCUGUUGACG